UGCAUCAACCAAUCACAGACAAGGGAGAGACACCCAGGAGGUGUACUUCCUGUAUUUGGUGAGAGAGGAAUGGAGCAGGAGAGUGAGAGGGAUAGUGAUAGUGAGUCAGCGAGCUUUAUCUCGGGGUCAACAGUAACUGAUCACGUCAGUGUUGGAGGAAGGAGAACAGAUUGAUUUGUGAGAUACAGUCCGCAGCCUUUCAUUUGCUUUGUCCAGAUUCCUCUGUUCAUUAACAGUGGCUGUGAUGACAAGACAGAGACAAAAAGAGGAGGGGGAAGCAGAUCUGGAGAGGAAGGAGGAUUGCUUGUGUUGUGCAAUCGUUGUUAGUUCACACUACUAAACUAACUGAGAGCUGCAGAGAGAAGGGAGACUGGACAUCUCUAGCGUUCUAAACUCAGGUUCUGAAAAAAGUAUGUUACCAUGGGGACCAAACGUCCCAGUCUGACUCCCUUUGACACAUCUGAUCCAUCCAAUCAAAGCGCUUCCUACCAGAACCCUCAGCCAAUCAGCCAGAUCUGCCGCGAAACAAGUCCCAGACCUGGAACUGUGGCCCGGACCGACAGAGAGAGGGAGAGGAUCCGAGAGGAGGAAUGGAGGAGAGAAAGAGAAAUGGAGAGACUGAAGGACAAAACAAGAAAUAGAAGAAAAGAGAUGGAAUCCGGACCAAGAGAGAGGAACAGAGAGAAGGACUGUUCCCCCAUAUCCAGAGGGAGGGAGGAGGAAAGGGAAUGGAGAGAGAGAGAAAGGGGGGGAGCGGGAGAGAGACGUGCCAAUGGAAGACCUACUUCAAAUCUAGAGAUCAGGAACCACAGAGACAGAGAAAAGGAGAGAAGGAAAGGAGACACGUUUCCUAGAAUGGUAAAACAUAGCGAAGAGAGAGACAGAAGAAUGAGUGCAUUUGUGGAGGAAGAUGUGGGGAAAGAAGGAAUGAGACAAUUGGAGAGACCGAAGGGAACAGAGAUGGACGACUGGGAGAGAGAACGAGAGACAGCAGCAAAGAUACAGCGGUAUCGAGAUGCAGAGAGGGACUUCCAAAGCCACAGAGAGAGGGAGAGGGAGAAGGAGAGAAUCAGGGCACAGGAGGACAGAGAGAAGAAUGGAGGAAAGCCCAUGGAGGAUAAGACCGUGAGACGGAGGGAGAGAGCGAGGGAAGCGGAGCCAGAUUUCAGAGAGAGGAGAAGAGAGAGGGAUUCAAAGGGUGAUGACCUAUGGAGCAAAAGAGAGAGGUAUAUGGAUGGAGAGAGAGAGAGGUCAAAACUCCGGCAGGGAGAAAGAGAGGAUGGAAGAAGAGAGGGAGAUUCACAGAACUAUUCGGAUAGAGAGGGCAGGGGUGGAAGGAAGGAAGGAAAUACCGAGGGACAGAGGGACACUAGGAGUGAGGGAGACAGUGAUGGAGAGAAGAGGAACGAGAGAGUGAGAGAUGACAACAGAAGAGAACUGAAACAUCUGCAUAGUAAAAGUGAGGGGGACACUGAGGGGAACGCAGCAUGGGAUAGAGUGAGGGAGAAAGAGAAGGAGAGACAGAAAUGGAGAGGGGGGGAGAUAUACAGAGAGAGGGAUGGAAGGAGAGAUGCUUAUAGACAGAGAGUUAGAGAAGGGGACAGGGAUGGAAGGAGAGAUGCUUAUAGACAGAGAGUUAGGGAAGGGGACAGGGAUGGAAGGAGAGAUGCUUAUAGACAGAGAGUUAGGGAAAGGGACAGGGAUGGAAAGAGUGACAUGGAGAGAUACAGAGAGAGAGACAGGAGAAAAGUGAGGGAAGUGGAGAGAGAGAGGGAUGAGGUGAGAGAAGGGGGCAGGCGAGAGGACAGACCAAGGGAAAGGAGGGACCUAGAGAAAGUGAGGGUGGGAACACAGCCCAAUGUAACAGGAGAGAGAGGGAAGCGGAUGGAUGGAGAGAGAUUCAGAGAGAGGGAGAGAUAUUCCAAGGGGGAGGAUGAAGAGAGGAGGUGCAGGGAGAAGAGGGACAGAGAGACAGAUCCCAAAAGGGAGGGAGGAGCAGACGGAGCUAGUCGUUCGCUGAGCGAAACAGAUCCCAAAAGGGAGGGAGAAGCAGAUGGAGCUAGUCGUUCGCUGAGCGAGACAGCCCCAAGGGUGCCACCACGAGUCCAGAGCAGCGGAGAAUGGAGCAGUGACAUAGAGAGGGAAAGACAAUGGAGAAGAGGAAGAGAAAGUCAUGAAGAGAAGGAGUCAGAGGGAGAUGUGGACAGGGGGCAGAGAGAGUGUAGUGAAAGAGAGAGACCAGAUAGAGUGAGGGGGAGAGAAGAAGGAAAGGAAGAGACGAUACCAAAGCGCCCUGAGCAGAGGAAGAUGUGGUUAUUACCACAGAAGGUCAGAUAUAACAAAGACUCCUCUUUAGAGGAUGAUGUUAUAGAGCGAGAAAGAGAUAGGCACACUAACAGAUGGAGAGAGAGAAGUGAAGAAGAGGACAGAUCCGUGGAACAAAGGACAGUCAGAGAUAAAGAGAGGAAGACAGAGGGAGAAGGACAAGAGGAUAGGUCAGUGGAACAAAGAAAGUCCAUAGGCGAAGAGAGAGAAGCUGAGAGGGAGGGAGGGAGGGAGAGGUAUUUGGAGAGAGGGUUAAAUGUAGAUGAAGACGAUGAGACAGAAGACUGGAGGAGUUAUAGCAGAGGAGAGGAACACCAGACUUACAGCGAUGGAGAGAGAGAGGAACGCUGGCAGAGGGACAGGGAGACGGAGAGAGAGAAUGUGACAGAUAAGACAGAAGGUGACAGAGAGGAAGAAGGAGGAAGUGAUAGAUAUACACUCUUCGAGAGCGAUGGAGGAAGUGAUAGAGAGUGGGAAGGAGGGAGGGAUAGAAUCCCUUCCUCUGAGGACGGCUUUAUCACUGUGUCCAGUGGUGGAGAAGAGGAGUUUGAGGACUGCAAGGAAUUCUUGGAAGUUGGGGUUGCUAUUCAUGUUACCAGGCAACCUGUUAGCUUUCAGGGGAGCGAGGGAGAGACGAAGAGAGGUGGAGGGAGAAGACAUGAAAGAGAGAGAGAAAGAGCAGAAGAGCGGACAGAGCAAAAAGAUGAUGCAUUGGAGGGAGAGGUGAAUGAUGGAAAGGGGAAGAAGCAACCCACCUAUGUAUUCUGUGUGAUUGGACAAACACUGCCCAGGUCAAAACCCAAUCAGACAGCAGUCUUGGGUGACAUGGAAUCAGAGCGGACCAAUCAAAAUCCUGGAUAUGGUCAUAGGGACAGUGAUGACAUCACACACCUCCUUCAUGAGAACCCUUCCAGAGAUGGAGACCAAGGGGCAGAGGAUGAGAGAAAAAUAGUGAGGGAUGAGAUCCAUGUGCCAAAGGAGGAGAGAACAGACACAGAAGAGAGCUCCAUUGUGGAUGUCAGUCACACCACCCUAGAACGAGAGAGCGGAGAACGACUGAAGGUCAUGGAGGAGAACCCAUACGCUGAGAUAGAGCGAAGAAGGAACUCUGAGACUGAAAAACUCCUCAAAGAGUGGAGAGAAAGACAUGAAGAGUACACAGAAACAAGAGAGAGGGACCCAACAGACAGGAGGAGGACAGAACCAGAGAUCGGUCCAUCUUCACAUCCCAGUGGAGAGUACCACCACCAUGGGAUCCCUGUAGUUGACCAAGCCACCUCUGACCAGAAUAACCCUGUAGUGAUGAGCCCAGAGGAAGCUGUGGACAUCCAAAUCUGUAUAAGGGGAGCCUGGAGCACAGAAGAGGAGGCCAAGCGCCACUCCCAGGCCUCACACAUGAAGUGGGCCAAGAACGUAUUGAGCGAGAUCCUUGGCAGCUCGGAGGAACCAGCCCUCGGCAACCCCCAGCCAGAGUCACAGGGAGGUCAAGUGGUCAGCCAGACUACGAGAGGGACCGAGAGGGUAGAAGAGGAGCUAGAGGAAGAAAAGGAUGAGACGCUAGAGGGGGGAGGAGCCUCACCCGUCUACGCCACGGUUCAGAAGAGGAAGAAGCGUGGGAGGAAGUCGGUGGAGGAGAGGUUGGCUGAACUGGAGGCAGAGCCAGGGAAGCUGGAGGAUGAGAGAGGUACAGGGGAGAAACUAACAGACGUGCAUGCUGAGGCUUUCACAACUAUGCUUGGUGUUGGCAAACCCAUAGACAUGCAUGCUGCCCUGACCCUACACAAUACUCAUGGUGACACACCUACAGACACACAGGGAGAGGAGGUGGAGGGUAACAAUGUGUGUGCGGACAGACAAACAGACAGUCAUAUACAUAUCCAGGUAGAGAUGGUGACAGAGGAUGAGGGUGAGAUGGAGAAAGGGGUCGAAGUUGGGGACGAGGUUCAUAUACUGGAUGCAGAGAAAGAAGUGAAUGCCCAGAAAGAGGAAGAUCUGUUUCUCUCUGUGAGCAACACCCUGUACAAACCAACCAGCUGCCCCAGCCUUAUAUACAACCCUGAUUCAGAACAACCUAUCACCACCAUAGAGGAAAAGACAGAGGAAGAAGGGGAGAAAGAGAGGACUGUGGGAGAGGGGGAAGAGAAUAGUGUGGUAGAGAGGAAGCAGGAAAGGAGCAUAGAAGAUGGGACCAUGGACAGGGGUAAAGUGGGAGAGGCGACUGAGGAGAGGAAAGUGGAAAGGGAGGAGGAGAAGAGGGUAGGAGGGGAAGAGGAGAGGAUGAGGGAGGGCAAGGAAGAGAGUAAAAAAACGGGGGAAGGGGGGGUGAAGAGCACUUGUAGCUUCCAAGAUUUGGGCACCGAUGUUCGGUAUAGGAGGCGGGGGUUCCGCAAGACAACCGAAAGAAGAAACGAGGAAGAAGAAGAAGGAAGAGGAGAUGCGAGGGAUCGCAGAACAAGAAUAUUCCAGGUGUCAGAUGAGGAGGAGGAGGAGGUGAGCUUCAACUGGGGAGACAUGGACCUGAGGAAUGUCACGGAUACCAUCAGAAUGGCUAGGAGGAACUCCAAAUUUUACAAUUCCCAGCUCUACCAGCAGUACAGUGAGACGGCUCAGAACAGGGAGAUCCUCAGUCAGUCUUGCUCUGACGCCCUCUCCAUCUACGAGGAGCUCCCUGUCCCCCUGUCCCCCGUACCCUCCUCUCUGGCCCCCUCGCUCCCUCCGGCUCGCAGGCCCUUACCCUGUCUCCCCCCAGUCAUCCACCCCCACUCUCUGUCCCACUCUGGCUCUACCUCCAGUGGCACCAGUGCCAAGUUCCUUUCCGUACCACAGCCGCCCCAGCCCCCCCCGGCCAGGCCUUCCUCUCCCCGCCUCUCCAUCUCCCUCACCCAGUCCCCCAGCCUGUGGCAGGAGAUCCCUGAGGUCAGGAACAGUGCUGCGUUUGGGGAGCUGACUAACGACCAGAGACGCCUGCAGGAGGUGCAGUUUGAGGUUGUAACUUCAGAAGCGUCGUACUGUCGUAGUCUGGAUAUUGUGGUGGAUCACUUUGUCAAGUCUAAGCAGCUUGGGGAGCUGUUGACUACUCAGGACAGGAGCUGGCUGUUCUCCAGGCUGGCUGAUGUCCGAGCCAUCAGCCACAGUUUUCUGUCGAAGCUGGAAGAGAGGGUAGAAUCUGAUAUGAUGCACUUCACCGUGUGUGACAUCAUCGCUCGCCACUGUCAACGCUUCAAGAAGGUCUACGUGCCCUACCUCACCAACCAAUCAUAUCAGGAUGCCACUUACCAGAGACUCAUGGAUGAGAACCAAGGGUUCAGGCGGGUAGUGGAGAAGUUGGAACGCAGUCCAGUGUGUCAGCGCCUUCCUCUUCGCUCCUUCCUCAUCCUCCCCUUCCAGAGGAUCACACGAAUCAAACUCCUUGUGCAGAACAUUGUGAAGAGAACAGCCCAAGGAACAGAAGAGGAGGUCCAGGCCAUCAAAGCUAUGAAGCUACUGGAGAGGUUGAUCCAGGAGAGCAAUGACAGUAUUACUCAGAUGAAGAGCAUUGAGUCGCUUGUCUCUCUCAGUGCCAGAGUGGACUUUGAAUGCAGGACUCUCCCCCUGGUCAGUCAGUCUCGUAGACUGGUGAGAGAGGGACCGGUGACUGAGAUGAUGGAUUUCUCUCUGAAGGAGACAGAGAGGAGUGUCUACCUUCACCUCUUCAAUGACUACCUGCUGCUGUCGCUGAACAAAGAAGGGGGCAGGUUCACGGUGAUAGACCAUGCUCCGGUGUCAGAACUGCGAGCUGAGAACUGUCGGGUCAAACUGCACUCUCUAGAGAAGAACCUUUUCCGCCUCCACCUUAACAAGAAAGCCCUGCUACUUAGCACCGACACACAAGGUGAUAAACUGCGUUGGAUCUCAGCUGUCUCCAGGCCCCAUCCUGUUAUUGACUACUCUGCAGAACAAGACUUCACACAGAUGCAGUGCGUCCGAGCCUUCGUUGCCCACCAACCAGAUGAGCUGUCCCUGGAGAAGGCUGAGGUCAUUUUCGUCCACCAGCAGAGCAGCGACGGUUGGGUGGAGGGGACCAGGCUGUCAGACAGACACAGAGGAUGGACUCCUGAGUCCCAUUUGGAAACCAUAGCCAGCCUCAGGGUCCGACAGCGCAACCUGCAGGAUGCUCUAAAGAUUACCACAGCCACGGCUGCAGUAUGACAAGCCAACCACUGCCUGACUGCGCUGGGGGAAUCCUAGUCACUGUGUAUCAAUGUGGUGGAGUUACUGUGGACCUGUGGAUUUGGACAGUGGAUGAAACAUAGUGUUUCAGACUGGAGUUGUCCUUCCCGGCCUCAGCCUGCUUAUUGGGGAUGAAUGGCUUUAGGGGGAGUGCCUUAGAGAGAGGCACUGGACUGACAUGAAUACCUGUAACACUUACAGGAGUGUCAACGUGAAUUAUUGGAAGGGUUUUGGAGGUGUCUGGGAGUGUCUAGGGUAGCCUUGUAAAUCCAACCUUGCGAAUGAAUGCCGAUGGACUGUUACAGGAUGUAUUGGAAAUCAGCCAUCUAAGAACAUCAGUGGAUUGAGGACCUGUGGCCCCGGAGAAGGACAGAAGUUUCUCCAUAACUACUUUACUUGGGGACUUUAAAAAGACAUGGUUUGGGGCCUCCUGAGUGGCGCAGCGGUCUAAGGCCGCUACAGGUCACUACAGACCUGGGUUCGAUCCAGGCUCUGUCACAGCCGGCCGCGACCCGGGAGACCCAUGAGGCGGCAUACAAUUGGCCCAGCGUCGUCCGGGUUAGGGGAAGGUUUGGCCGGCUGGGAUGUCCUCGUCCCAUUGUGCUCUAGUGACUCCUGCACGCUGACUUUGUUUGCCAAUUGUACAGUGUUUCCUCCACAUUGGCUGGCUUCUGGGUUAAGCAAGCAGUUUUGGAAGACGCCUGGCUCUCGACCUUCGCCUCUCCCGAGUCCGUACAGGAGUUGCAGCGAUGAGACAAGACUGUAACUACCAAUUGGAUAUCACAAAAAAAGGGGUAAAAAGUACAAAAACUAAACAUGGUAUGAUACACCUUGGCAGAGUUUUGCAAUAGAGGUUAUUGUAUUUGAACAAAAUGUUUCUACAUAUUCAGGGAAAUGUAUUAUUUGUGUAUAUUAGAAAUAUUUAAUAAAUGACUUAUGGGGAGUA